CAAAUCUUUGAAGUUGAACACAUCCACGUUAUUGUUGGUUACGGAGAAAAGCCUUUCUAACAAAAACCGUUUUCUUUCAUUUCUUUUCAAUUUUCCCACCUCCAUUCCAUUCAUGUAACCAUUUCUUCUUCCUUCUCUCCAAUGGACGUCGACGGCAAAUCCAUCGACCGUUCCACUUCUAGAAAACACCAAACCAAUAACAACAACAUCGUUGUUGGAACCGACUUCUUAGAGACUAACAAGGCGGACAGAGCAAUGUGGCUCUUGAAAUGUCCCCAAGUUGUUACACGCGCCCUUUCUAAUUCACCCGAUGCCCCUUCCCGUCCUGUCGCAAAGGUCAUCGUUUCUGUUGACCCACUCCAAUCCAAUGACGAUGAUGAUUCUUCCUCUACUGAGUUCACCAUGGAAUUGGCUAGCACUGACUCUGGAAAUGCAUUAAGGUCCUACACGUUGAAUAUGUCUACGGACUUCAUUCCAAUGUCUGUAUUUUCCGAGUCAUCACAAGAUUCUUCUUUCGUUUUAGGGAAGUUUACCGUUGAAGGGAAAAUACUGAACAAAUUUGACAUGAAGCCACAUGAUCAGAAUCUUGAGAGGUAUGGGAAACUCUGUCGUGAAAGAACCCACAAGUCUAUGACCAAAAGCAGACAGAUUCAGGUGAUUGAUCAUGUCACAGGAGGACAUAUGAGGCCUAUGCCAGGGAUGGACGUGUUGUCAUUUGGAGCUGCAGAGAAGAAGAAAGUGGUGAGCAAGGGAUCGGAAACAAAGCGGUUGAGAAAGGAGCGUGGAGAAUUGGAGAAGAUUAUUUUUAAGCUUUUCGAAAGACAGCCAUAUUGGACGUCAAAACAAUUGAUUCAAGAGACUGACCAACCUGAACAAUAUAUGAAGGAAAUACUUAAAGACCUUUGUGUCUACAACAACAAGGGUGUUCACCAAGGAACAUAUGAGCUGAAGCCAGAAUACAAGGAAUCAAGUGAGGAAACAAAACCACGAUAGGUGACGAAUGUUCCAAGAACUGGGAAAUGGCUUUGGUUUCGGUAUUUGACUGAAGAUUUGUGUGUGGAGGGAAGGGGGCUCUGCUCUUCUCUUUGGUUUAAGUGUAGGCUUAGGACUUCCCCGUUCUGGAGUCAUCAGUAACCACUGAAAUUUUGGAGAAAUGCGAACCCAUCGUUGGUUUUUUCGGGGGGGGGGGGGGGGGGGGGGGGGGGGUGGGGGGUAUAUUAUUGUACAUAGUGAUUACAUUUGGUUGCUGCUUUUAAUCCUAAUUUCUAUUUAAAGUUCUUUUGUAAUUUGUAAGUAUUGAUUGAAUGCGGUCUCUACUUAAAGCUAAACUCAAGGAAUAUCACAUAAGAUAUAUCUCAGGAGGCUCUCUUGUUUCCAGGUUCA